GUGAUUGGUUGGCAUUGGCAACGUUUUAGCCAGGCCUCACUCGGAGCGUAUAGAUUGUCUGACUAAAGAAAGCGAAACAAAUAAUCAAGAGAAAAGAACUUAUCAGAAGAUAUCAGAACCUCCGAAGUCUCCAAAUCAUUCACCAUAGAGGAGCGAAGAGCAAGUGCCAACCACAAGCAGGAUGACCAGUGCAUCGGCUCCCAGGAUGGUGAAUAGUUAUAAGCGGACUUCUAGUCCCCGGUCUCCUACUAACAGCGGGGAGCUCUUUACACCAGCACAUGAGGAGAAUGUGCGUUUUAUUCAUGAUACCUGGCAGUGUGUGCUCAGAGAUAUCAGAUCAACACAAAACAGUGAACGCAAUGACCGUGGACCACAGGAAUACGUGGAAAAGAACCCUAAUCCUAACCUGCAUUCUUUCACACCAGUUGACCUGAGUGACCUCAAGAAACGCAACACACAGGACUCCAAAAAGUCCUAGUCUUUCCUGUGAUGGUCCAGCACCCUUUUUUCACCUAUUAUCGUCAGAAGCUCUUCCUUCAUCAGCCCUCUGUCAGCCAGCAAGUCAGCCCCCUUGGCCAGUCUGGUUCACAAUACCAAGCCCCCUCUAAACCCCUAACCUAGGGCAUUCUUACCUACUGAGCUAAAAAGCUCAGUAGGUAAGAAUGCCGGCUUUCCCGCCAGAGAUCGGAGGUUCAGACCCCUGGCUUAGACCUCCUGAUGCUAUACAAGCUAACUACACCUCAGAUGUACGUCGCUUUGGAUAAAAGCAUCUGCCAAGUGAAAGUGUAACCUCUAUUCCAUCUAUCCUGUCCUAUCUCCUUUCCUGUAUUUACCCCCCUCCCCCACCUCUCGCUGAAUGAGAAGAAAUACAAGAGGAUGGGCAUCUUUAAAAAAAAAGCCCCUUUCCCCACAGUUUAUAUCUUUUUCAAGUUAUGAAUUCUUCAUAAUGUACAUUAUUUUUUAUGUGAAUGAGACUGAUGCAAAUUUUCACGAAAAUAUGCUGACAUCAGAUGCUGAGAUACAAAGUGCUCACAAGCACUCUCCAUCGGACACAAAAAGACUGCGAUGUUAAACACAAAACACGUUUCUUUACAAAACUUCUAUUAUUACCUUGGAAGAGAAUUCCGAAGGGCUGACUUCUAUUUUAUUGUUUUUUUUUCCAGUAAUAUUGAAAUCAGACUUCACGGGGGCAAGCUUUGGGAGCCAAAUACAAUUUAGAAUGCCAACAUUUUGAAUAUUAGUUCCCCUUGGUCAAAAAAUUGACUUUGAGUAGAGGUUUUUCCUAGUAUGCUGCCCUUAUUUGAUGCCCCGACCUUGACACAAAACAUUGAAUAAAAGACUUUUAAUAUAACCCUAACUGGAUUCAUCAUGCA